AUGAAUUUAUUUCUGUAUCUAAGGGAAUUGGAAGGAGGUUUCGACUUUGAGAAAGCAGUGUGUAAUCACGGCUUCUUCAUGAUGGCUCCAAACGUGUGGAGCCCUAAAAGAAAGUCAUUAAGUCGACCCCUAAUGCUUUCAAAUUCCUCUUUGGUCAUGGUGACCAUUUCUCAUCCUCACAUCCACCCUUUUCUUGUAAUCCAAGUCCACGGCAUCGACAAUGUCAGGAGAGAUGACGAAGAACUCAUCUUCCAACAAGUGAGAAGGAUGCUGAGAUUCACGUCCAAGGAGGGAGGUGACGUGACCGCGUUUCAUCAACUUCACAAGGCCGCAAAGGAGAGUGGUUUCGGUCGAAUUUUCCGCUCCCCAUCUCUCUUUGAGGAUAUGGUCAAAUCUAUUUUGUUGUGUAAUUCUACUUGGGAGAGGACACUACUUAUGGCUUCUCGCCUCUGCGCAUUGCAGUCAAAGCUAGCCGACCGUACAAGGAGGUCUAGAAAGAGGAAACGAGACCAGGAACCUAAGAAAGAAACAUGCGGAAACUUUCCAAGUGCUAAGGAAAUAGCUAGCCUUGAUAAAGAUUUUAUCAAUGAGCACUGUAAGCUUGGAUACAGAGCAAAAUGGAUAAUUGAGCUCGCAAAGAUGGUUGAACGCAAAUCACUGAAUCUUGAAGAGAUGGAAAAGAGAGAGAUGGAACCGGCAAAGGUGAUUGGGAAACUGAGAAAGUUAAAGGGCUUUGGUGUUUUUGCAACGGCGACGGUGCUUAUGUGUAUUGGUUAUUACCAUCUUGUUCCAUCCGAUACUGAGACCCUAAGACUCUUACGAGAGAUGCAUGGAAUGGAGGAGUGUUCGAAGAUGACGCUAGAGAAAGAAGCACAAGUAUUCUACGCCAGAUACUCUCCAUUCCAGUCCUUAGCCUACUGGUUUGAUUUGAUCCAAAACUACGAAGCAAAACAUGGGAAGCUUAGUGAGCUGAGUCCGCGUGACUACAACAGGGUUGGCGGAUGCAGUUACAUGAAUCAGCUGAAGGCAGACUAA